AUGAUCAGUGCUACGUCCUUCAUAAGCCACUCCGGGUCUCGACCGCCGCGAUACCGCACUCCUUCCCCUCCGCGACGCGCCGUGGAGCCCAUUUCACCCUACACAACCACCGACGUCCGUUCAUCAUGGAUUGACCGCGGAGUUUCACAAGCUGCGGGCUCGGAUCGCGAUCAGGUUCCUCUGCACAAUGAUAUCUAUCCUAGCGCAGACCGGGGAGGUCAUCGCCGUGCCAGCCAUGGUCGGUCCAGUUCGACCAUUGACACUCUCGCGACAAUCGCUCUAGCGACGAGUCCCACGUUCGCACCACUCUCCUAUCGGCCUCCAUCACAAAACUCGACACCCGCCAUGUCACUCUUUCCAUCCGAGCCCAUGGAGUCCGCAGAGCGCCCAGCCAAGCGGCCGCGGUCGGAGAAAGAUCCUUCUCCGCUUCAUUACCAUCAUGCAGGCAUCGCGCCAGAAACUACUUCUUCCUCCGUCUUUGACAGCAUGAAAACCGAUGCGGAACUUCUACUGAAUUUUGCAAGACCGAGCAACUUUCACCCACCGGCCUUCCAUCCUUCGAAACGAGUCAGUAUCGACGAGUCAUUUCAUCCUCAUCUCGGAGAUGAAGCGAGGAGUCAAUUACGAACCGGAUUCGAAAGCACAUAUGCCGCGCCAGAGGAUGAAAAACCAAAGUAUCUUGCAAACAGUCACAAUGGUUUCCCAGCCUCUCGAAUGAGAUCUCAAUCAGACGGCUUCGCCUUCGCCUCCCGACCGGUCAUCCAUGGUGUACGGCCCAAUACCAGCUCCUCCACUCUUCCACCGAUUGUCUGGCAAGAGGAAGAACAAAAUACCACAAGGAAUCAUUGGAUUCCGGAGCAGGAAUUGUCCAGGAAUGGUAAUCAGGACGAGACUCAAAUUUCGAGCGCGGUAGAUACCGGGACCGCACAAGAAUCGGUGGAUGUGUCACUCAAGAGAGACGAUGAUACGGAAUCCGAAGGAAAUAGCCAGGCAAGCUGUGCUGCCUGUAACCUGGUUCGAAUACCGAUGGAUGCAGAAGAACAAGGUGACGUUACCUGGAUUAGUUGCGACGGGUGCAAGCAAUGGUUUCAUAUCGUUUGUGCUGGGUUCAAGAAUGACCGCGAGAUUCGGACCGUUGAUAAGUUCAUCUGUCGUCCGUGCCGGCCCAUCCAUGGACAGACAACAUUCGUUCGGAAAUCUUCUCGAGCCCGCACAGCCAUCGACUAUGCUGGUCUCAACCAAGGUCUUGUCAAGGCUGCCAGCGAUUCUUUAGCGCACCACUAUAUCGAGCCCAUCCGGGAAGGCAAGAUUCGCUUCCUGCCCGAGAAUUUCCCUCGAAUGCGGCCGGAGCUCAUUACUGCUGAAUAUUUUGAACGCGGUAGCGGCAUGACCGAGCCGAUUGUCAUACCAGCACACCUGAACACCCAUGCCUCGAUCCCCGUCGUCAGCCCUGAAUUUAAUGCUCUCGUUGAAGAGGCAGACAGUCAAGAGAUGUUCGACGAAUUAUUAGAACAUCUUCCUAAAGAAAGCGGGGAAUUCGAAACCGUCGUUGAUUGCGGCCAGGACCAGCUGGACAUGGUCAUUCCUCAGGGCCUCACGGUCCGGGCUGUCGCUGAACUUUACGGUCCCGACGAGAGGGUGGAAGUCAUUGAUGUCAAAUCUCAACAGGGGGAGGAUAAGAGGUGGAAUAUGCAGAAAUGGGCCGAUUACUAUGAGAGUACCGGGUCUAAAGUGGUCCGGAACGUCAUCAGCUUGGAGGUUUCGCGGAGCAAACUGGGCCGAUUGAUACGUCGACCAAAAAUUGUGCGCGACCUUGACUUGCAGGACGCGGUCUGGCCGGAGGAGCUCAAGGCGAUUGGGGAUUAUCCGAAGGUCCAAUUCUACUGUCUGAUGUCCGUCGCCGAUUGCUACACUGAUUUCCAUAUCGAUUUUGGCGGGUCCUCGGUUUACUACCAUAUCCUGAAAGGAAAGAAGACUUUCUUCUUCAUACCACCCAAGGAUAAGCACCUCAAAAAGUAUGAAGAUUGGUGCAACUCCCCUGCACAAGAUUCCACCUUUCUUGGUGACCAGACUAAGGAGUGUUACCGCGUUGAUCUGUCCGAGGGUGAUACCAUGCUGAUUCCAUCUGGCUGGAUCCAUGCCGUCUGGACGCCUACGAAUAGCCUAGUCAUUGGCGGUAACUUCUUGACGCGACUCAAUUAUGGAAUGCAGAUCAAGGUUGCCAAAAUCGAAAAAGAUACGAAGGUUCCAAGAAAGUUCAGGUAUCCAUUCUUCCAAAAAAUCCAAUGGUACACAGCAUUGAAAUACCUGGAGGACGAUCCUAUUCCGCAAAGUGUACUUGAUGCUUUUGCUCAGGACGAGAAUUACCGCUUCCACCGCGAUUAUCCGAUUUACUAUGAAUUUGGAGAACGAGCCAAUACAGCGCCUGUGGGUGAUCCCUAUCGCAAUUCUCGGUUCUAUUCCCAGGCAGAAUUGGAGGGCCUUCCCGAUCUUGCAAAGUACCUCCUCCGAACAGCAUUGAUUGCAGGUGGUUACAUGGUUGAAGGCGUGACAAUGGACGCCAGGAAUGCGAUCAAGCGUUCCAUACCAAAAGGUCAAGGGGAUCCGGUGGAUACCGUCAGAAAGUUCGGAAUCUGGGUUGCGUGGAAACGUGGAAACGAGAAGGCACCGCAAUGGACACGCCCUGGCGUGGUUGAAAGCAACGCCAAGCUCAGUCUUGUGGAAAAGAAGCCAGCUGGACGACCAAGCCGCCGCUCAGAACGUAAUGCGGAAGGUCAACGUAUGUAUGCCGAACGGCAAGCGGUACAGCGGCCUUCAGAACCGCCUCAAGAUUUAACUACUGGGCAGCCGAUCAGUGAUAUUACUUCUGUGCCAUCCAAUGGUGAUGCGUCGUUGCCAAUUAGCGAACCUAUCCCUGCAGGCCAAGAUGACGUGAAGGAACAAAUCACACCAAAACCUCGGGCCAUGCCUCGAAGCUCCGGAUUGGGCCCCAAGCGUGUUGCCUGUGAUGCAUGUCGUAAACGAAGAAUCCGGUGCCGGCAUAAGGAUGAAAACAAUGACACCGUAUCCACAAAGCAGAUGGCAUUCGGGCCGUUUAAUUCGGGAACUCCAUCCGCGCUAGCGCACGAUGCUGCAUCUGCGUUGAAUUCGUUGGCGGCUAUUGCAUCCGAAGCAGGCCUACAGGACACCGCCAAUGUAUUCGGCUUGGACCGGAUUGAAGCCCCUGGGAAAUUUAACCCCGCUAUUCUGAGCACUCCGAAUGCAGUCGGCAACAGGCCUUAUGAUGGAAGUCCCGAAGGGGUUGGUACUGGGAAGAAGGGACGAAGCAAGGCCUGUGAUGACUGCCGGAAGAGUAAGCGCCGCUGCAUUCAUGAUGAAUACGGUAGAAUCGACCCCGUCAAAGCCCAAGAACGUUCGAAGCCGAGAGCUGCAACUUCUGCUAAGAGACCACGCACCCAGGAGGAAGAUGCGGCAUUUGCGUCCAACAAAAGGCCCAAGCAGGAAAGUGCCUCUCCUAUGACAAGACACGCGCAACUUAGCGGAGACGAAAAGGGUACAUCCCAUUUGUCUGCCCAGGUGCAGGGGACGCAGUUUUCGGAAGCAUCACAUGCCCACGAGAGCGUAGAGUCAGGAAGUAUGAUCCCCGCAGAGAAGGAGUCCCAAUUGGGACAGACUUCUUACGCAUCGCCUCCAGCGUUUCAAUCAGAUACAGUCGUCAUGGACGAAGUUGAUUCGGCAUCCGUCUCGAAGCCGACCACGUCGCUUGUUUCACCGCCGACAUCGCUGGCAGACGAGACAGAUGUACCCCACGAGCAAGAUGGGGACAGAGACAACAACCAAGUUGUUUUCAAUACACCUACCUCCAGCUCCCGGCACUCAUCCCGUCAGCCACGCCAUGUCGACAGGUACAUCCCUGAUGUCCAGCCACCCAAAGCCACAAAGACGACGACGCAUACACCAGCCGCAAGACGAUCGUCCUUUAGCGGAUCGUCAACGCGUAGAGUGACGCCCGGUGCGCAGUCAGCCUCGAGGAAGUCUCUGUCACGGCCUUCGUCGUCCCAUGCGAAGAAGGGACCGUCUCCAUCGGCGGAGAAGAAAUUCGACCGCAAAACCACGAUGUCGACAUCGCCGGGACAGUCAAACAAGGGCCCAAAAAGUGAACGGGGAACACUGGCGGACGAUGAGCCUGAUGCAGAGAGUUUGCGUUUGAUACGUGAACUGCAGGAGCAGGAGUUUGGCCUGCGCAAGCGAGCCGCUCGGGUCUGA